UUAGCAUUUUGAUUGUAAAAUUAUCUGCCAACAGAACGUGAAACAUUCCUCCAGGGUUUUUAUCUGAAAUGAACAUCCCCAGCUAGGCUAUUUCACAGGCAUGACAACCCGCCCUGAUCUCUGCAGCUAUAGCCAAUCAUUGUGACUUGCUUUCCAGUAUUAACUUGUAUGGAAAUGUAAUGCUUGAGAAAGGAAACAAAUUCAACCCCGGACUAAGACUGAGCACGAGAAGUUCCAGGCUGAACUUUGGGGGAAAUGAUACAUGACUGAAAUGGGGGGAUUUUUAAUGCCAAUUGUAAUGACAGAUUAUAUGAAACAGCUGGUCAAAUAGAACGAGGAACGAAUUAGUUGGCAUUUGAGGAAAUAAGAAAAACAGACACCCUGCAAACUUUGGCAGAACCAAGCAAUCCUCAAGAAGUCUGGAGACAAAAGAGAAAUGGACUGGAAUCUGAUCACUGCAGCGGUUUAGGCUUUCAGUGCACGGGAAAUAUGGUUGAUUUACAAAACUUCACCCAGAUAUUGGAAGAUGUUUUCAAAAACACAUUUCUUAACUACAUGAAUAACUGGCGCCGGAACAUGACAGUGGAACAAGAUGCACUGCAAGCAACAGUUGAUGCAGAAAACUUUGAUUUCGUUAUCUUGUAUCUUAUGGUAAUGAUUGGAAUGUUCUCCUUCAUUAUUGUGGCUAUCCUAGUGAGCACAGUGAAAUCAAAGAGGAAAGAGCACUCUAAUGACCCAUAUCACCAGUACAUUGUUGAUGAUUGGGGUGAAAAAUAUAAGGGCCAGAUUCUGAAUCAAGACGACUUGAAGUGUACGAUCCAUGAAAACAUCAGUGCAAGGGACAAAACAACCCCUGGAUCGCCUUGAUUUCUUGGACAUAGCACCAGUGAACACACCAGAAAGUCAUGUAUGUAAUGUAAUGUUUUCGCUAGGAUUCUGAAUUGCCAUCACAUUGUCUGAUAAAUACCCAGAGGUAUCUAGGUAUAGAUCCUUCCUGAGAAAUUAAACCUACUGCUUCACUGUGAGAUUUUGGGGUGAGGUUACUUAGUCAGCCACCUGAGAAAGAUAUGUAUUCAUACUCUAUUUUGAUUUUCUAUUCUGUUUGACACUUGAGAGGCAUGAAAACACCUCACAAAAAUUGCCCCCAAACUAUGGGCAGAUUUAAAAUCUGGAUGCGGAUCUGACUCUGAAUAUCCCAAAUUGAAAUAACGGAGAAAACCAAAUCCCCAGAUCUGAAGACAUGUGAACUUCAAGGUGCUCAAAAUUUGGAUCAUGAUCCAACCAGGGCAGCUGGAGCUCAUCUUUUAUAAUAUAAUAAAAUCUUAUAAAAUAAAUCUACAAUAGUUUAUGGCAUUAGCCAUAGGAGAUAUCCUAUCCCUCCAUCCAUUCAAUUUGAAUAACACUGAUUUUACAAUGCAAAUUUCCAUUCUCAGUUUGAUAUUCUUCCAUAUCCAAGAUAAACAUUUAAAAUACAAUACCUCAAAGAGUCCAAUUUUAAAGCUACAGAACUCUAACCUCAUCCUUUAACCGCCUACUGGUUAUCUGCACUGGGCACCACCUUUGUGUCUGAAGUCUUUGGAGAACCAAAUCUUUGUCACAAAGCCUGGUGCUCUCUAAAAUGUAUAACACAUUCUUCCUCAGUUAAUUGUCUUACUUAAUCCCGCCUCUCUCUUAUUGUC